AUGAAUGGGGACAAGUUCCGCCGAUUCGUCAAGGCUCCCCCCAGGAACUACUCGGUGUUCAUCAUGUUCACCGCUCUGCAGCCGCACAGACAGUGCGGGGUGUGCAGACAAGCCGACGAGGAGUUCCAGGUGAUGGCUAACUCCUGGCGCUACUCCUCCGCCUUCACCAACAAAGUGUUUUUUGCCUCGGUGGAUUUCGAUGAAGGCUCCGAUGUCUUCCAGAUGCUUAAUAUGAACUCCGCUCCGACAUUCCUCCAUUUCCCACCCAAAGGGAAGCUCAGAAAAUCCGACACCUACGAGCUACAAGUGAGAGGCUUCUCAGCCGAGCAGCUGGCUCGAUGGGUGGCUGAUCGGACAGACGUUCAGAUCCGGGUCAUUCGUCCACCCAACUACGCGGGGCCUCUCUUGCUGGGCUUCCUCUUGGCUGUGAUUGGAGGAUUGGCAUAUCUGCGAAGACAUAAUUUAGAGUUUCUCUUUAACAAGAACGUCUGGGCCUUCUCCGCACUGUGCUUUACUCUGAUCAUGACCUCAGGCCAGAUGUGGAACCACAUCAGAGGACCACCUUAUGCGCACAAGAACCCCAACUCCGGACAAAUAAGUUACAUCCACGGCAGCAGCCAGGCCCAGUUUGUGGCAGAGACGCACAUCGUCCUUCUCUUCAGUAUCCUUUAA